CUUUCUCCUCACCGAGUCACAAAGCCAAACCCUAAUUCACGGCCGCCGGAGAUGGGACAAGGUUCUCCCGGCGGGAUGGGCAAGCAGCCCGGCCUCCCGGGCGACCGCAAGCAGGGAGACGGCAAGAAAGAGAAGAAAUAUGAACCACCCGCUGCCCCUUCCCGUGUCGGCCGGAAGCAGAAGCGGCAGAAGGGCUCCGAGGCGGCGGCGCGGCUCCCCGCCGUGGCGCCGCUCUCAAAGUGCCGCCUUCGCCUACUCAAGCUCGAACGCGUCAAGGACUACCUUCUCAUGGAAGAGGAGUUCGUUGCCAGCCAGGAGCGCCUGCGCCCCAGCGAGGAUAAGACGGAGGAGGACCGAUCCAAGGUCGACGACCUCCGCGGCACUCCCAUGAACGUCGGAUCGCUGGAGGAGAUCAUCGACGAGAGCCAUGCCAUCGUCUCCUCGUCCGUCGGUCCCGAGUACUACGUCGGGAUACUUUCCUUCGUUGAUAAGGACCAGCUCGAGCCUGGAUGUGCCAUUCUGAUGCACAACAAGGUUCUGUCAGUGGUUGGUAUUUUGCAAGACGAAGUUGAUCCUAUGGUUUCUGUGAUGAAAGUUGAAAAGGCACCUUUGGAGUCUUAUGCUGACAUUGGUGGCUUGGAUGCUCAAAUUCAAGAAAUCAAAGAAGCAGUUGAACUUCCCUUAACACAUCCUGAGCUAUAUGAGGACAUUGGGAUCAGGCCUCCGAAGGGAGUUAUACUAUAUGGGGAACCUGGAACAGGGAAAACUCUACUCGCAAAGGCUGUUGCCAAUUCUACUUCAGCAACGUUCUUGCGUGUUGUUGGGAGUGAAUUGAUCCAAAAGUACCUUGGUGAUGGUCCCAAGCUUGUUAGAGAAUUGUUCAGGGUGGCUGAUGAUCUUUCUCCUUCAAUUGUCUUUAUUGAUGAGAUUGAUGCUGUUGGGACAAAGAGGUAUGAUGCUCAUUCUGGUGGUGAGCGUGAGAUUCAGAGAACCAUGUUGGAGUUGUUAAAUCAGCUGGAUGGUUUUGAUUCAAGAGGAGAUGUUAAAGUUAUUCUAGCAACAAAUCGUAUUGAAAGUCUUGAUCCAGCCUUGCUUCGCCCAGGUCGAAUUGACAGAAAGAUUGAAUUCCCUUUACCUGAUGUCAAGACUAGGCGGCGCAUCUUCCAGAUACACACAUCGAAAAUGACACUGGCUGAUGAUGUAAACCUAGAAGAGUUUAUUAUGUCAAAAGAUGAGUUUUCAGGUGCUGACAUCAAGGCCAUUUGUACUGAAGCUGGCUUGCUUGCUUUGAGAGAGCGGCGGAUGAAGGUAACGCAUGCAGACUUCAAGAAGGCCAAAGAAAAGGUUAUGUUCAAGAAGAAAGAAGGCGUGCCGGAGGGCCUAUAUAUGUGAGACUCAUCAGCAGCGCUAUUAGUCUUUGUGAGAGAACUGGCGUUUGUAAUCUGCUUAAAUGGUCCGAAAAUGUUUGCUUACAGCAUUUAUUUUGGUUGGAAACACACAACUCAAACAAACAGUUAUCCUAUUAUGAGUACUUGGAUAUAUGAAAUGGCAGCAUCGAGUCAAGAUGAGGUUGAAUGUUGGUUGUCUGUGCAGGCGUGGACAUGUAUGACAAGCAUCCUAGGUUUCAAUCCUAGGUUAAUAUGAUAAUUUUAUUUUUUUAUAUAAAUUGAAGUC